GGAGCUGCCGGCAGGCAGGCCGCCCGGGCAGCGGGUGAGUUACCUCAACUCGCGGCCGCUCCCGGGGUUGCCGGGCACCGAGGGGCCGCCGUGCCCUUCAGGCGCCUGCGGCGGCGACCAGGAAGGGAGGGCGAGCGGAGGAAGCCGAGAGGACGAGGAGGAGGGGCGACGGCGGGAUGUUCCCGCAGGACCGGGGACACCAGGGCGGGGAAGGCAGGGACUUGAACCUCGCGCUGACCCGCCCCCGGUGUCGGUCCCUCCCUCCGGCUUUCCUCACCGCUCUGCCCCGCCGCUCCCGCGCGGAGCCCCGUGCGAGUUGUCCCCUGGCCCCCUCCCCGGGCAGGUUCGGGCGUCCCGAGUGGCGGCGGCUGCCCGUGUGUGUGUCAGGAGAGGGGCAGCGCCUGCUUCGGGGAACUGUCCCCGGAGAGCAGCCCGGACCCGCGGGGCGGCUCCCUGGGCCUCUCUCGGCCCUGCGGGGAUGGGCAAGAAGGACGAUCAAACUUUAUCCCUCUCGGCGACUUCCUGCGUGCGUGGGCACGGGGAGCGGCGCCGGGCGAGGGAUGCUGCAUUGCUUCAGGAGCAGGCUCGGUCCGCGGUCCUCCAAGGUCCCCGGUGGUCCCCUCGCAGGGCCGGUGCAUAAACUUGCUCCGCGUGCCCGAGGGAGGAGGGCGGGCAGCAGGCAGAGGGGAGCGAAGGUGACAAGUUAUUCGGAGAGGCAGGGAUUUGGUGGUUGUCUUAGUUAUUUCUGUUUUCAUUGGCUGGCAGGGAUCGGGGAGUUUCUGUCUGAACAGUUGUGUGUGUGUGUGUGUGUGCAUGUGCGUGUGCAUGUGCAUGUGCGUGUGUGUGUGUGAUUUUUGUCAAUUGCAAGAGAUCCACUUGCCAUGGAGUUCUAGACCUCACAAGUCUGCAGGUUCUCUUCCCUUGCACUUCCUAGACCCAUAUGUGUUGGUCUCUGGCCAACUCCGAGAGGAGUGCAGGUUUUAUGUCCUGGGGCUGACGGCCCUGCCGGAUGGAAGAAACCGGUGCCUUCAGCCCUCCACAAAUACACGCACCUCUCGUGUGCUGAUUGCAUGGCUGUUGGGAGGAAACUGGACCGGGGGUUCUCGGAGGGGAUAUCCCAAGACCCACGACAGCAGAAAAUUAAGUGUCUGGAAGAGCUCUGUAAACUGCAAGAUGGUAUUGCCAUGCUUGGUCAUAAGGUGCACCAGAGGCUUUCUUGGCAGAAUUUGAGUGUUGCUUAUUGCAGUACUGUUGUGCCCUCUGAUGAUGUGACAGUGGUGUAUCAAAAUGGGUUGCCUGUGAUAUCUGUGAGGCUACCAUCCCGGCGUGAACGCUGCCAAUUCACACUCAAACCUAUCUCAGACUCUGUUGGUGUGUUUUUACGACAACUACAAGAAGAGGAUCGGGGAAUUGACCGAGUUGCAAUCUACUCACCAGAUGGUGUUCGAGUUGCUGCCUCAACAGGGAUAGACCUCCUUCUCCUUGAUGACUUUAAGCUGGUCAUUAAUGACUUAACAUAUCAUGUCCGACCACCAAAGAGAGACCUUUUAAGCCAUGAAAAUGCAGCAACGCUGAACGACGUAAAAACACUAGUCCAGCAGCUAUACACUACACUGUGCAUCGAGCAGCACCAGCUAAGCAAGGAGAGGGAGCUUAUCGAAAGAUUAGAGGAUCUCAAAGAGCAACUGGCGCCCCUGGAAAAGGUACGAAUUGAGAUUAGCAGAAAAGCUGAGAAGAGGACCACUUUGGUGCUAUGGGGUGGACUUGCUUACAUGGCCACACAGUUUGGCAUUUUGGCCCGGCUUACCUGGUGGGAAUACUCCUGGGACAUUAUGGAGCCUGUGACCUAUUUCAUCACUUAUGGAAGUGCCAUGGCAAUGUAUGCAUAUUUUGUAAUAACACGCCAGGAGUAUGUUUAUCCAGAAGCCAGAGACAGACAAUACUUAUUAUUUUUCCAUAAAGGAGCCAAAAAGACACGUUUUGACCUAGAGAAAUAUAAUCAACUCAAGGAUGCAAUUGCUCAGGCAGAAAUGGACCUUAAGAGACUGAGAGACCCAUUACAAGUACAUCUGCCCCUCCGACAAAUUGGUGAAAAAGAUUGAUCUGCAAAGAGCCUCUGAAUCCCAGCAGAAAGAACACUUGUUUAUAACUAUUGCCUUUUUAAUUAAAACAUCACAGGUGGAAGCUGGGAGCCAUGUUGGGGUGGAGGGUUUUUACCUUUAAUUAAAAACAAAACAACAAGGAAGUUAGGGAAGAAAGGAAUGUUAAAAUCUGAAGAUCAAGCUUUGUGAAAUAUAAGCUCAAAGGGCUUAGUUAAUAUUGUCUUAAUCAAGCAUCUCAGUUCCUGGAUGAAAUAAGUUAUAUAUUUGAGAGAUUCAGAAAGAGUAAAUGAUGCUGGGGUGUUAAGUUUCUUGCAUCUUCUUUGCAGGUCAGCAAAACAGUAACACACCAGCACCCCACUCAGCUCUAUUUUUUUUUUAUUUAACUUUUCUUAUUUUUGACAUAGGAGUCAAUAAACAGACCAGAAAAGCAUAUCCUCAAGAUAUGUGGGUGGCAAACAGAGUCUGAGCCCAGACAUUACAUUUAUUUUAAAUUGGACCCAGCCUCUACAAGUAAACAGGAAUCUGCCCCGCUUGUGCCCCUUUUCUGACCACCCACCCCUGUUGGUUACAUUAAUUUUAUCCAUAUGAUCAUUGGAACCAAUUUAUGACUGUUUGAUGAUCGACACUCUGGAUUAAGCCUUCUUACAUGUCUUUAUAUUCCAGCGCUCUGGAUCAGUAUCUAGGAAUCAUUGGCAACACUGCAUGAAGUUUUCUUGUUCUGUUUUGUUUUGUUUUGUUUUGUUUUGUUUUGUUUACUAAUUAAUUUUUGAGGGGAGGCAGAACUUCCCUCCUUUAACUAUCCCAUUGAUAUUCCACUCUCCCUCCAUAACUCAAAUGGGAGGGGGAGUGUUCAGCUAUAUUACCAAAUCAGAAAGAUGAAAGGUUUACAAAGUGGCUAAAAAUCAUGUCUGUGUAGCCAUUUCAGAACCAGAAUGAUUUCAUUGCUGUUAAUCUGCUUGUGUGACAGCAUUCAAGGCCAGGUCACCAGAUGCCACUGUCUCAUCUGGAGGCUUUGUCAGUCUCGAAGGACACACACACUUGACCCCUGUUUGUGAGCCCUCUCACCUCCACCACUUCAGGAGUUGUAAAUCAAGUGUGUGGAUCACAAAGGGUGCAAUUUAUCUUUAUACAGGCAUACAUUUCUAUGGCUCCUUUCGGCCUACCUUCUUCACCCAAUUUUUUCUUAAAUUGAGAGAAAGAAGCAUUAAUCUUAUACUCUAUCAAAUAUUUUCUACCAUAUUUCCAGUUGACAUGUGCACUUGAAAAUCAAAGGCAUCUGUCCAAUAUUCUGUUUUUAAUUACUGUGGGGGCAGGAGGGGGAGGAAGAUGGGGCUUGCCACACAGCUGAUUGGCUUUUUUUCUUUCACGUGAUUCAUCCCUCCUCUUUGUGGCAUGGGAUUCCUUUCUCUUUUUCUUUCUCCUUUGGGAUCAUUGUGUAUGAAAAGAAGAAUUUUUAAUGACAAACCCAGACUCCAGGUGCCUUGCAGAGGUUGAAGGCCAGCCAGGAUUGCUGCUGCUGCUCCUGCCACCACCCCUUCCACUGGCAUGAUGGAAUGAAAGGAUGCAUGUCUCCACUUCCCAGCCCCUCCCCACUUCCUUCCCCUGCCCGCUCCCCCCCCCCCCCCCGCCACACACACCCCCGUUGCAACCUCUUCCUUCAUUUAUUUUUAAGUUGUGUGAAUUAUUUUUAAACCAUUUAUCCUGUUUGUGCACAGGGUUUUUAAGAAGAAACAGCACAGUGCAAUGAGCAAAUCCUUUCAGGAUGUGUGGGAGGCAAGGGAGGGAGGAUGGAUGGGGAGAAAAGUCCUUUAAACAAAUAGUAAAAUAUUGAACAUGUGUAAAAUCCUGUAUCAUUUAUGAAAUAUGUAUAAAAUCAAUGUAACUUCUGGAACAAUAAAUACUUAUUCAAUUUUUGAA